AUGGAUAUGGUGGGUGGUUGUAUGUGGUGGGGUGUGUUACCUUUUGCAGCCAUGGUAAUGGUGGAGUUCGCAGAUGUGGGCGUAUCAACUAUAACCAAAGCAGCAAUGUCCAGAGGAAUGAGCACUUAUGUUUUUGUUGUGUACUCUAAUGCCCUAGCCACCCUCCUUCUCCUUCCUUGUUUCAUUUUCCAAAAGAAGCCGGUUUCUCUUACUCUCUCACUCCUUUCUGGGUUCUUCCUCCUUGGCCUAAUUGGGAGUUCAAGUCUGAUAUUGGCAUAUAAUGGCAUCAACUACAGCUCCCCAACAGUUGCAUCAGCAAUGGGAAAUCUUAUACCGAUUUACACAUUUGUGCUGGCAAUCAUUUUCAGGAUGGAAAAACUAGACUUAUGGAGAUCAAGCAGUCAAGCAAAAUUGUUGGGAACUAUAGUAUCAGUAUCUGGGGCAUUUGUAGUAAUUCUUUACAAGGGCUCAGCAAUCUUAAAGUUCAAGGCUUUAUCACCAUCCAACUUCCCUCCCCACCAGAACUUGAUCAUCUCACAAAACACAAAGUGGAUCUUUGGAGGUCUUUUCCUUGCAUUGUCUUGCCUUUUGGCUGCAAUAUGGAACAUUGUUCAGGCAUCCAUUGUUAACAACUGUCCAUCAAAGGCUGUAUUUGGGAGUGUCUUUCGGAUUGGUGUUCAUACGUGGUGCUUGCACCAAAAAGGGCCUAUCUUUGUAGCCAUGUUCAGGCCCUUGGGAGUUGCCAUUGCAGCAGUCAUGGUGGUCAUCUUCCUAGGCGAAGCACUUCACCUUGGCAGUUUGAUUGAUAUUUACGUCUACGGCAGUGUGAUUGGAUCUGUCAUUGUUGCAAUUGGAUUCUAUGCUAUGAUGUGGGGACAAAUCAAAGAAAAGAGCAUUGUGAUGGAGAAUGAAGUCCACAGCUUGGCAUCAUCCACCCAACAGACCCCUCUUUUGCAGUGCAGAACCUCAGAAAAUAUAUGA